UUUGAAAAACAAAUCGAAACAAACAUUAUCAUCAUCAUUAUCAUCAUCAACAACAACAACAACAAAAGAAAAUGUUAGAAGCAAAAGAAUCCAAAACAAAAUCACGACCAAGAUCACCAAAAGCAUCACAUCGUGGUUGUUUACAAGAUUAUUAUUAUAGAUUAAAAAGUAAAUUUGAUCAAUAUAUAUUUCAACUACGAAUGAAUCCAACUGCAAAACCAAUAUUUCGUGAAUUCAUUAUCUACUACAAGAUGGCGACAAUAUUCAUUCGACCGAUGGGUGUUUUUACCGGUACAAUGGCUAAUGAAUUUCGUUCAAUUAUACCAUAUAAUCGUAUUCGACGAUCAACCGGUGAAAUCGGUUGGUUACCAUUUUUAAUUGAUGAUGCAUAUAUGAUGGCUGAUCGUAGUUAUCUAUUACAAACAAUCGAUAAAUCAAAUCAAGUUUCAGCAUUAAUUAUACCGAAAAAUUCGGGUGAAGUUACUGUAUUAGGUGAAACAUAUUAUGGAUUUCGUUUCGAUGCAAAAACAAUGGCCGAAGGUGUUUUUCAAAAUCAUUUAGAAGUUAAAGGUAAUAUAUCACUUGGUCAAUAUUCGGAUAAAUUUGGUUGGGAAAUAAAAGAAAAACGUUUACGUUCUGAUUGUAUUGUUGAAGUAUUAUGUGGUACAUUAUCGGUUAUAAUUUGUGAUUAUCGUUGGAUUGCAAUGAUACCGGAUCUUGAUUGUAGAAUAUCGAUGAAAUUUUUGUUUACAAGUAAAACAUCAACAAAUGAUAUACGUGGUAUGAAAGAAGUUCAAGUUUCCGGUUUAGAUCUACUUGAACAACAUGCUUCGGUUAUGAAAAAAGACCGUAUAACAUCAAAACGAUCUGCAGAUAAAAGUAAAAGUAAAACAACAAUGACUAUAACAAAAUCUAAAAGUUCAACAAAAUCAUUAAAAACAUCAAUAUCGCCUGGUAAAUCAAAAAAAUCCAAUCGUAUUCGUGAAUUGUAUGAACAAAAACGUCAACAAAAACAACAUCAAAAACAAACCGAUGAUCAAAUUCAACCGAUACCUGGUCCAAUUAAUGUUCAUCCGAAAAAAACAACCAAAGUUACUUCACCAAUCAAACUGCCCGAAAAGAAACCAAAAUCAUUUAAAGUAAUGAUUGAAAGAACAAGUCCAAAAACUAAAUCAUCUAAAUUAUCAUCUCCUGAUAUUAUUACGAUUAAAAUUAUUCCAGAAAAAAUGGGCGAAAAAUCAAAACAAGAUGAUGAUACAAUACAAUUAGUUAUAUCGCGUAAAUCUCAACCAAUCUCGGAAACAAAAUCAACAAAACCAUCAUCAUUAAAAACUUCUAUAAUUAAAAGUAAACAAUCAACAGAUCCGAUAGAAUUACCAGGAAAAUUAAAUGAUUUUAAGAUAGAAGUAAAAACAACCGUAGAAUUGAUGAAAGAUGGAAAACCAAUAGAAAUUAUCGAUACUACUAAUGUUACAAAAGAACCGGAUCCUAAAAUCACUGCUGAUGGUAUUGUUACUGAUGGUAUUGUUACUGUUGAUGAUGGUAAACAAGAACAUUCACAUUCUAUAUCUCAAUUAAAUGAACCAUUGUUGACUAUACAUAUGAAAAAACAAGAAUUUCAUACUUUGUCAUCAUCGGCAACGGAUAGUGGAGGAAAAUUAUCGCCAUCGCCAACAACAACAGCAACAACAACAGAAACCGAAUCAUCUUCAACACCGACAACAACAGAAACCGAACCAUCUUCAAUGAAAACAGCAAUAGAACCAACGGUAUCACCAUCAAAAAGAAAGAAAAGAUCAACAUCAUCAAAAUCGUCGAAACAUGUAAAAUCAAAAUCUGCAUUGAUGAAGGACAAGUUGGAUGAAAAACCAAAAUUGAUGAAAGAAAAAUCGAAAUCAAGAUCAUCGAAGAAAAGUAAAAAAUCUAAAUCUAAAUUAUCAUUGUUGAAAGUAAAAUCGAGAUCAAGAUCAUCGAAGAAAAGUAAAAAAUUGAAAUCUAAAUCUAAAUUGUCAUUGUUGAAAGUAAAGUUGGAUGGAAAACCUAAAUCUUUAAAGAUGGGAGCUAAAAUUGAAAAGUCUAAAUCAAUAUCGAAGAAAGGCAAAAUGGAAUUAAAACCAAAAUCGACAUUACUGAAAUUGGAUGAAAAACCGAAAUCGUCAAUAAUGAAAGAAAAAUCGAGAUCAAGAUCGAAGAAAAGUAAAAAAUUAAAAUCUAAAUCAUCAUUGACCAAAGUUAAGUUGGAUGAAAAACCGAAAUCAUCAUUGAUGAAAAGUAAAAUGGAAGUAAAACCAAAAUCGUCAUUAAUGAAAGUGAAAUCGCGAUCAAAAUCGAAGAAAAGCAAAAAAUCAAAAUCAAAAUUAUCAUUGACGAAAUUUAAAGUAGAAAAAUCAAAAUCAAAAUCAAAGAAAAGUAAAAGAAAAACGGGUGGUAAAACAACGAUUGAAAUGGAAUUGAAAUUAAAAGUGCCAACAAAAACACCGAAAACAAGAUCACGACGAUCAUCAAAAAAAACAAUUAGUUUAUUGAAACCUAAAACAUCGAAAGCAACAAUUACAAAAAAAAUAACACCACCAAUAUCGCCAUCAUUACAAAAGGUUAAGGUAAUUAUUCCGGGAAAGGUAUCACCAUCAACAAAAAGUCGCAGUAAAAAAAACAAAUUAUCACCAACACCCAGAAGUGGUAAAAAAGGGAAACCAUCUCCAUCAAUUAAAAGUUUUAGUAAAAAAGCAAAAUUAGCUUCAUCAAUUAAGAGUAUAAGUAAAAAAUUGAAACAUUCACCAAGAAAAGCUUCAAAACAAGAUUUGAAAUCAGCAUCAUCAAUAUUGAUGGUACAAAAAAUCAAGUUAAAUUAA